CCACCCUUCCGGCUCUGCGUUCCCUCCGCUGCUUGCGCCUUCCGCCGGGUCCCGGCUUUGCGCGCGGCGGUCCCUAAGUCCCAUCCACGCGUGGCCCCUGCGGCGCCCCAGCCCGCAAUGUCGGGCCCCAACGGGGACCUGGGCAUGCCAGUGGAGGCGGGCACGGACAGCGAGGCUGACAGCUUCGGGGAAGCAGAGUAUGCCGCCAUCAACUCAAUGUUGGACCAGAUCAACUCAUGUCUGGACCACCUUGAGGAGAAGAAUGACCAUCUCCAUGCUCGUCUCCAGGAGCUGCUGGAGUCCAACCGGCAGACGCGCCUGGAAUUCCAGCAGCAGCUUGGGGAGACCCCCAGUGAUGCUAGCCCCUAGGUGCUGGGAACCCUCAGCCAGGCUCUACCCCUGUGUCUCCCUGGACCAGGCUUAGACACUUCAGGGACUGGCCUUCAGAUCCUCCAGUGGGUCUACCUGCCUGGACCAGUCCUCACUGCCCAGCAUCUCUCCUGGAUCUAGGUGUGGGUCCUAUGACCCACCUACUUGUCUGCUUUCCCUUUUUCUCUCCUUAGUCUACCCAGGAUUUAGCAUCCAUAUUAAAGAGGUCUCCCACA